GAUGGAGAACGACGAGGGCCGUGUUGUUGAUUUGUACGUCCCAAGAAAAUGCUCCGCCACCUCGCGGCUGAUCCCUGCGAAGGAACACGGGGCCGUUCAAAUCAACAUUGGGAUGGUAGACGAGAGCGGCAGAUACACCGGGGAGUACACAACGGUCGCGUUGAGUGGUGCGGUGCGUCAGCGUGGGGAAAGCGAUGCGUGCAUGAACCGUUUGAUGCACGAGAAGAAGAUCUUGAGCUUUUCGAAGUAA